GCCGUUUGCACGCUCGGUGCAAAAUUCGGCCAUUCCUCUCGUCUCAUUUAUUUUGCGACCUUUUAUCGGUUUUAUUCGUUGACGUUGGUACUUUGACAACUCUUGUCCUUUCUUUUGUAUCGACCAUGGGCAAUUUCAUUGCUACGCUGCAAGCGGGGAUUGAGUGCGCCUUGAUGUUCGGCUGUUAUGUCAACGUGAUUCUACUACUUCUCGUCACCACACCCGAGGCGGGCUACUUCAACCAACCACCGUUACCCUGUGGCGUGUUUCUCCUCUUUGUUCUUGUACUUACUGCGGCAUUUUACGUAUGGACGUCGGAGAUUAUGCGAUCGGCAGAACAGCCGCGAAAACUCAGAAUCGAGAAAGCAAGCAAAGAAAUUGCCCCAAAAGUGGACGAAUUGAAUAGACCCUUGACUCUGACUCAAGUCGGCAACGAUUUCAAUGACACGCUGAACAAGAUUGGAAACGGUUUCAUUGCGGGGAUUGAGUGCGCGUUGAUUCUCGGCUGUCAUUUCAGCUUCUUCGCAAUGAUCCUUCUGCUUUGCGUCGCCACACCCGAGGCGGGCUACUUGAACCGAGAACUGUUUCUGCUCAGUUUUGUUGUGGCUACUGUGGCAUGUUGCGUCUGGACGUCGAAGAUUAUGCGAUCGGCUAGACAGUCGCGAAAAGCAACUCGCCGAGUAAUCACGUCAACGUUUACAAAAGGAGCGUGUGUUUUGGCGCACCAGAAGACCACUGGUUCUUGAAGCAGGCAAGAGGAAUACAAAUCUGCUCUGUGAUGGUCAAACACAGUCGAGAAAGCCCCCAGAAGAAGCGGACUUUUGCCACAAAUUUGUUUGUACACGCGACGGCAUCUUGCCCGCUUCGCCUCUUGCCGACCUCUCAAGUUGUACUCGUCUCAAACUAAACUAACAUAUAUGUACUAUAAAACGCCAAGAAAAAACUCUU